AAUAGCUUAUAAUGAUGAAGUUGCUGCGAAGCUUGCAAAUGAUUCGAUGAGGUAUAAUGAUCGAAGGCACACAUCACUUCCUAUCCUGCCAUUUUGCUGCUGAAGCUGAAAGAAACCUGAAGCCUGAACAAUUAAGGGGUAACGUUACGGUUAACGUUUAGGCUGUGUAUUGUCAGCCGAAAGCUCGGUCAACAUUUUAGGAAGAGGUUUUAGCUUAUGCGAGAAUGUCGGAUUUUGACAGCAACCCAUUUGCGGAUCCUGAUUUCAGCAAUCCCUUUCAGUGACAUUAAUACUUACCUGGAAGAAGGAAAUGUGAGUGGUUGGCUGCUUGGUGAUUCUGGAUAUCCAUUAAAACCCUUUCUAAUGACUCCAGUGGGAGAUGAACAAACACCAGCAGACAUGCGAUACAAUCAAGCACACAAAAAGUGUAGGGCAAGACAGGAGCGUCUGUUUGGAGUCUGGAAGAGCAGAUGGAGAUGCCAUGACACCAGUGGAGGUUACCUUCAGUAUUCUCCGGAAAAAGUGGUGUUAUUCAUAAAAGCUACUGCAGUUCUACAUAACGUGCAGAUUUGCAAACCUCCCUGACCCAGAGAUAGAACCUGCAGAAAAUGAACAACCUGAAGAGGCGCGGGAGGAUCCCUCAGUGACACAAGUAACACAAAACGCUCCCCCUAGGUUGGAGGAAUAUAACCCCUUCACAGAUACAAAGCCGGGUCCACCUGGCUCCAUCCCCAAAGCAGUGCCUCCCUCCACGAACACACAGCCAGCCAUUAUGAAACCUACAGAGGAGCCACCUGCCUACUCUCAGCCACAGCAGACACAGGACCAGGCACGAGCUCAGGCUGAACUACUCAGGAGACAGGAGGAGCUGGAAAGAAAGGCUGCAGAGUUGGAUCGCCGGGAGAGAGAGAUGCAGUCUCUUAGUGCCUCAGGAGGAAGGAAAAACAACUGGCCGCCCCUCCCUGAGAAGUUUCCAGUGGGUCCCUGCUUCUAUCAUGAUAUUUCUGUGGACAUUCCUGUGGAGUUCCAGAAGACUGUCAAGAUCAUGUACUACUUAUGGAUGUUUCACACAGCAACUCUGUUCGCGAACAUCUUUGGCUGCUUGGCUUGGUUUUGUGUGGACGCAACGCGAGGAGUAGACUUCGGCCUUUCCAUGCUGUGGUUUAUGCUCUUCACACCGUGCUCCUUUGUCUGUUGGUAUAGACCCCUUUAUGGAGCUUUCAGGAGUGACAGCUCGUUCCGUUUCUUUGUCUUCUUCUUUGUGUACAUCUGCCAGUUUGGUGUUCAUGUGCUUCAAGCCAUUGGUAUAGCAGGUUGGGGAGCAAGUGGUUGGAUCUCAGCCCUCACUGGUCUAAACACAAGCAUUCCUGUGGGCAUUAUCAUGAUCCUUAUUGCUGCUCUCUUCACUGCCUCUGCAGUCAUCUCUCUUAUCAUGUUCAAAAAGGUACAUGGCCUGUACCGGACAACUGGGGCCAGCUUUGAAAAGGCUCAACAAGAGUUUGCUACAGGUGUCAUGGCCAACAAGACUGUCCAGACAGCAGCUGCGAAUGCUGCAUCUAGCGCUGCAUCUAGUGCUACACGUGGAGCAUACAACUGAUUGGCUCACUGAAGAGUGUUCCUGUUUUCUCUGUCCAUGCUCUAUAUGAUCUGAUCCUCUGUACCACCUAAUUGUACUCACAAGCCCUGGCCAGCUUCCUCAAGCCACUCUUAUUCAUGAAGUGAAUGACUAAGCAGCCUUCUGAUUGGCUCAGUGCACUCCAGUGACUUUACAUGUCUACACGCCCCCCCCUCCCCAGGCCCUUUGUCUUUCAACAUACGUGGGUGUGUGAAGGGGUUGUGCAUGGUGCUAUAAAGAGAAAAUGAGCAGAACUUUUUCUUUCUUGACUGAAUACCAGUUUCAUUUUUCUGACCUUCCUCCACAAACAAUGCCUCUCAACAGCAUGCAGGAAGUUUCGUCCAUUUUCAAGCCUUUUUAAGGUUUGACCACAUUUAGCAACCCCCCUCCACCCUCCACAUACGUAUACUCUUAAACACGUCUUACUUUUUUCCAUUGGUUCCUAUAGCAGUCAGGUGUUUGGCAAGAUACAAAGAGAAUGUACUUAAACCCUCAAUCCUAAAAAGAAAUAUCCAAUACCCAAAAAUACCCAAAUUGAGCCUCUUUUGUUAUACCCUCUCUUAGCCUACUUUCCCAAAGCCAGGCCCUAUAGUUGUCUAAACAGAAAUGUAUAUGCCCAUCACCAAGAUUUGCCCUGAUGCCUAACAGAGGUGGUGGUAAGCUUCCACCUUGUCUGCUUGUACUUUGCUUCCUUGAAUGAGAUCAGAUGGGAUAGAUGGGAGAGCGACUGGAAAGGGAAGAGAAAUUACCCCUAAAAUCAUUCCCAUUCAGGAUGCACUCUACACAUGCAUGACAGAACAUGAUGAAUUUAGACCUACUUUCUUAAAAAUAAGGACCUUUAUAUUGAAGAUUUAAAUUUAAAGUGCUUUGACUCUUGUUUGAUGUCAUUUUGUCUUUCUUCUAUAAAAGCUUAAAUAACAGGAUGUAGGUCAUUUAAAUGCUUUUCUUUCAUAUGGAAAGCCUCAGUUGUUUAUUGAUGAACAAAUUCUGGUGGCAUAUACUGUACAUGUAUGUGUGAUUGUUUGUGAUGUAUGACUAUGUUUGGCUGAUGCGCAUCGAUGGCAGGAAAGUAAUUAAGCAUCUGGGUACUCUCAUGUUUAGGCAUUCAAGACCUCCUGUCAGUUAUUUUUCACUCUGCUAGGGCUGCCGCUGUGGAAGGCUUCUCUCUGAAAUCUAAAUUGUAACUUUUUUAAUCAAUAUAUUAUAACUGACCUGUGAGAUGGUCUCAGCCACUUCCAUCUCAUGAGAUGAGUUGUGAAAAAUGAAAGCUACAGCUAAUAAAUUAAGAACCGCGUGUUUAUGAGUGCAUGUGUGAGUGGUGGUCCUUUCUGUUAGGAAUUUUAUUAAUUAUCAAUGGAGUGUGAUUCCCUCAGCUAAGCACUGUUGAUGAAAGACAGACAUAUUUCACCUGUUGGCAUACAGAUUUAUGUUUUAUCUCUCUGUCUCUCUCAGACUAGUUCAAACUUCUUUAUAGUUUGUGUGUGUGCUUGUGUGUUGAACUACAGUGACUUGUUAUUUUAUAAAUAAAUUUCCACCAGUUGCACCUGUAUGUUUCUACUGUUAUUUCUCAAUUUUUUUUGUUUGUGGGUUGUAAAUGCUUUCGAAGAAACAUUUGGAGAAUUCCAGACAGCAGGCUGAUAUUAUGAUGUUAACCAUGUUGCAAUGAGUUGUGGCAUUGAGUUGUGCAUUUCAAUAAUCAAUGGUGAAAGUAUGUAGUUGAAACACUGAGAAGACACUGAAAAAAAUCAAUUGGUCCCUGGACUGUGGAGUCUGAAGUUAUUUAAAAAAAAAUUAAGGGAUGUUUGUAUAUUUUGUAAAAUGGUCGAUUGAUCACCUAUUGUCAUGAACUAAGCUGUAUUAUAUAAAUGCACUCUUGUCUCAUUCAGUUGCAUGUUGAGUAGUUUGAGUUUUGUAUAUUUAUUGUAUUAACACAAAAUAAAACUUAAAAGUACA